CCAAACAAACAAAAAAACUUUCCUUUGUUCUUCUGGGCAUUUUUCUAUUUUGAGUAAUGGAGUAGGAGUACCGAAAGGUUGCAAUUAGUUCACUCGAAUAAAAGACACUGCCUCUGAGUCAGUGCUGCCAGGUUGAUAAUUACUAGCACAUAAAAGCGGCUGCUCUGUUUAAGGCAAAAGGGGCGGGGCGGGGGCAGGUCCCCGGUAGACAAUGAGGGAGGGUCUCCGCCGACCGCCUGCUGCUUAUUGUUCGGGCGCUGGAGGCUGCAGCCUGCAGCCGCCGCCUCCUCCCGGGCUUCGCUCCUCGCUGGUCCCUCGGUCCCCCUUGGGGCCGUCCGAGUCACCCAGCGCUGGCCCUCGGGGCGCCGAGACGCCAACCCCAGCCGCAGCCGCCCUUCGCUGACCGCCCUCUCUCUGCUUUGCAGGUUGGCAUCUUUGCGCCCGAGGGUGUCGCAAGCCGAGGCGGCGAGGACAGGGCGCCUGUGGCCCAGCCCGCCGGGCGCUAUGCGGCGCGGGCAACAGCGCUGAGCGCCCCCACGCUGGGCACGGGGCGUACUCGCUCCAGGCGGCGGGCCGAGCGGCGGCGGCGGAGGGGAUGCGCCCGGGACGCGCAAGGCUCCCGCCGCGAGCUACCGCCCCGAGGUGGACCCCAAGCAGGGCUCAUCGCAGGACCGCGCGGACCCCUGCCCCGCGGGGCACGCGGCUGCGGAGCCUCGGGGCCGCCUCUGCCGUCGGGAUGCCCUGGGUGCCUCUCUGCUGGUGAGGAUGCCCUGCUGCGCGGCUCUGCAUCACCAGCCCCGCUCCCCGGUGGGCACGACUGAGCGGGCCCGACUUCGGCCCCUCGCGCUGGUGGAUGAAAAGCGCCGGAGCCCCUGAGUGCGAUCUGCGAUCGAAUCUGAGUUCUAAGAGCCAUGGACGGAGGCGCUGGGUUGCAGCCCCGGGCGGGAGAGCCGCUGGAGGCACGAGCCACAGUCGGAGCUGUCCAAGACGAGUGCGAACCGGAGACCUUUAGGUCCAAGAGUUUACCGGUCCUGAACAGCGCCUCCUGCCGGCCAGACCUCAGUCCUGUGCGUGCAGGAGCCGAGCCCUCCGUCGGCUGCACAGAUUCUUUGGGCCAGCGGGGGUUGCAACAAGGGCCCGGCCGGUUGGCCCCCAGUCCCUCUGCCCCUUCCACUUCGGCAGAGAUGGCAGGGCUCAUGGAGUGUAACCACAGGGUGGACGUCAGCAAAGCCGUGUCGGUGUCCUCCGCUUUGGCCACGCUCCAGGGGAGAAGGUGCCUCUAUGUGGUCCUCACCGAUUCCCGUUGCUUCCUGGUUUGCAUGUGCUUUCUGACCUUCAUCCAGGCUUUAAUGGUCUCUGGGUACCUGAGCAGUGUCAUCACCACCAUCGAAAGGCGCUACAGCCUGAAGAGUUCCGAGUCGGGGCUGCUGGUCAGCUGCUUUGACAUUGGGAGCCUGGUAGUGGUGGUGUUCGUCAGCUACUUUGGUGGCCGGGGUCGGAGGCCCCUGUGGCUGGCCGUGGGUGGACUUCUCAUUGCCGUUGGGGCUGCCCUCUUUGCUUUACCUCAUUUCAUCUCGCCUCCGUACCAGAUCCAAGAGUUGAACGCCUCGGCCUCCAACGACGGCCUGUGUCAGAAUGGCAACUCCACGGCGCCUUUAGAGCCUCCCGCCUGCCUGAAGGACUCGGGAGGAAAUAAUCAUUGGGUCUAUGUGGCUUUAUUCAUUUGUGCACAGAUUCUCAUUGGAAUGGGUUCCACACCUAUUUAUACCCUGGGACCAACCUACUUAGAUGACAAUGUCAAGAAAGAAAACGCAUCCUUGUACCUAGCCAUCAUGUAUGUCAUGGGAGCACUUGGUCCUGCAGUGGGAUAUUUAUUAGGUGGACUUCUUAUUGGUUUUUAUGUCGAUCCCAGAAAUCCUGUUAACCUUGACCAGAAUGAUCCUCGUUUCAUUGGAAACUGGUGGAGUGGAUUCCUCCUUUGUGCCAUUGCAAUGUUUCUUGUGAUAUUCCCAAUGUUUACUUUUCCAAAAAAGCUUCCUCCUCGACACAAGAAAAAGAAAAAGAAAAAAUUUUCUGCUGAUGUUGUUAGUGAUGAUGAUGUUAUGAAGGAGAAAUCAAACAAUAGUGAACAAGUGGACAAAAAAGUUUCUUCUAUGGGAUUUGGAAAGAAUGUCAGAGGUGUCAUUAUUGUUCCCAGUGCCGGUGUUGGUAUCGUUUUGGGAGGCUACAUUAUAAAGAAAUUGAAACUUGGUGCAAGAGAAUCUGCCAAACUAGCCAUGAUCUGCAGUGGUGUGUCUUUACUGUGUUUUUCAACCCUAUUCAUUGUUGGAUGUGAAAGUAUUAACCUAGGAGGAAUAAACAUCCCUUAUACAACAGGACCUUCUCUCACCAUGCCUCACAGGAACCUGACAGGAAGCUGCAAUGUUAAUUGUGGUUGUAAAAUACACGAGUAUGAGCCAGUCUGUGGAUCAGAUGGAAUUACAUACUUUAACCCUUGUCUGGCUGGCUGUGUUAACAGUGGUAAUCUUAGCACUGGGAUAAGGAAUUACACAGAGUGCACCUGUGUCCAAAGCCGGCAAGUGAUCACUUCCCCUACGGUGGGACAGCGCGGUCAGCUCCGCGUGGUUAUUGUUAAAACGUAUCUCAACGAGAAUGGCUAUGCUGUGUCUGGGAAAUGCAAACGGGCGUGCAAUACCCUUAUCCCGUUCUUAAUUUUUCUCUUCAUCGUCACCUUCAUCACAGCAUGUGCCCAACCAUCAGCCAUCAUAGUAACACUCAGGUCAGUAGAAGAUGAGGAGAGGCCUUUCGCGCUGGGAAUGCAGUUUGUUUUAUUGCGAACACUUGCAUACAUUCCUACUCCAAUUUACUUUGGAGCGGUUAUUGACACCACCUGCAUGCUCUGGCAACAGGAAUGUGGAGUGCAAGGCUCUUGCUGGGAGUACAACGUGACAUCAUUUCGUUUUGUCUAUUUUGGUUUGGCAGCUGGCCUCAAAUUUGUUGGCUUUAUUUUUAUUUUUCUGGCCUGGUACUCCAUUAAAUACAAGGAGGACGCGCUGCAGAGGCAGAGGUGGAGAGAAUUCCCUCUGAGCACUGUGAGCGAGAUGGUGGGCCACACUGACAACGCCGAUAAGUAUGCCCGGACUAGAUCUUGUCCAGCUUUCAGCAGCCAGGGGGAUUUCCAUGAAGAGACUGGUCUGCAGAAAGGGAUCCAAUACACAGCACAGACCUAUCCGGGGCCCUUCCCCGAAGCAAUAAGCUCCUCCCCAGACCCGGGGCUGGAAGAAAGCCCUACUGCCAUGUAGCCUCCCUCUUGAAGCUUGAAAAUGGAAGACUUUAGUUUUGUUGGUUGAGUUGAAUAUGGCAACUUAAGAAACACCCGUGCCUUCUUUUCUUUCUUUCUUUCUUUUUUUAACCUCUAAAGACAAAAUCCUCAAACCAACAAAACUCAGUAUACACAGCCACCAUCAAUUGAGGGCUGGAUACCUCAACAAGACUGGGAGCCUUCACCCCCUCUCCCCCACUUCUCUCCAAGAAAGAGGAGUUGAGAUAUAUUUGUUACCAUUUCCGCUAUGUUAAUUUAAUGCUCAUGCUCCAGUGUGGUAUAAGGCUGAGAGGUGCCUGGUUAACAAAAUCACAGGAAGUGUAAUGGUGGUACAUGUCAUUAGCAUACACUCUAAACAGAGGUGAGCUUGACCAUGACUUUGCAUUUACAAAUCCAAGUUUUUAGAUAUGAACACCUACUGUGAGUUCUGCUACAAAGCACAAAUGAAUUUGCCUCAACUAUGCAAUUUUGAUUGGGAAAAAUGUAAGUGCAGCAUGUUACUUUUUCUUUCAAGAGACUAAAGCAGAUACGUUUUGAAAAGAGGACAAGAAACUUUCCCUGAAGUACUGUUAAUAGCAUUUUAAGCCAUAGCAGAGUCAUAAAUCAGGUAGAAUUUUUUAAAUGCUUCAAAGGAAUCAUGGAUAGUGUGAUAAAAGGAACAGCUACUUUAUUUCAUAAGACACAUUCUCUUUUAGUCUGUCAGCCCCAUCAUAAGGUAAGGAGUCUGCUGACUUGUAAAUCUGAUAGUUUGAAGAUAAACUCCAGUAUUCUUUUGCCAGGGGCUUUAAAACCAGUGUGUUAAAUAAUAUGACUAGAACUUAAUUUGAGAUGCCUCAUAAGGAGAGAAACUUGAUGGCUUUCUCAUCCAAAGAAAAAAUGCUGCAGAAAUUCUUUUAGCUCUAUGGGCCCACACAAGGGUAGUUGAGAGUUGUAAACUUGACACUCAAUAGCUGGAAAAAGAAAUUCCACAGAGGUAAGAUUGAGUCCCAUCUGAUCAUUUUAAGUUAUAUGCCUGGAAACCCUAGCAGAUCUGUAUUGUUUUCUUUUUUACGUACAGAAAAUUGCUGUGGCUGCCCCCCAAAGUUGAGUAAUUAAAUCAGGAAAGCUAUACCUGUGAUAUGAAAUCACUUUGCAUACAGGAGGAGGGAGGUCUGUGAGCUAUGAGAGUAUGAUCCUAAGUCAUGAUUGAAAAUUAUUUAAAAUCAACUUGUCUUGUACUGAAUUCUACUUUAUCGGAGUUAGAAUGAUUUCACAUCUGUUAGCCUUCCCACAGCGAUUCUGAAAGAGGAUUUUUCUGUUCCUAAAGGCACUUUUGGUUCAUGAUCCAUAAUCCUUGUCAGUUCCUCCCAGCACAUCACGUUGACUUAGGUACCACACAGAGUGCUUUCUACAUGGCUCUUUCAUUCUUUUUUUUUUUUUUUUUUAGAUUUUAGUUAUUUAUUCAUGAGACAGAGAGAGAGAGAGAGAGAGGCAGAGACACAGGCAGAGGGAGAAGCAGGCUCCAUGCAGGGAGCCCGAUGUGGGACUCGAUCCUGGGCCCCAGGAUCACGCUCUGGGCCGAAGGCAGAUGCUCAACCGCUGAGCCACCCAGGUGUCCCUCUACGUGGUUCUUAAGGUAGAUGCUUCCUGACAGCUCUGUGGCCUGAUAGCAGGUUAACUCAUGGGAUCUGGCUGCUCAGAAGAAGAAUCUUGGCAACCCAGACUUAAGAGGGACCUUAGGGUCCAAAUGCCAAUAUAAUUGUGAAUGGUUUCUGCCAAGGAACCUAUGCUUGUGUAGGGGCUAAUCUGGGAAAUGAUUUCCUUGGCUGACUUCCAGUCUUCAAUGUGGGGAAGGGAUUGACAGAACUGUCCCAUGAUUCAGGCUCUUUGCCCUUCCUCCUUGGAGGUACUGGUGGAGCUGUAUGAUCGCUCGUGGGUACCAGGUCGCCUUCCUCUCUACUGAAGAACGGUAUUGUCAGAUGGCCCUUUUGGGUGCAUGCGGUUUGUGGAGAGGGUUAGCACUGUUAGACUGAAUGAUGUCUGUAAAGGGUGGAGCCAGUGGUCUCAGGUGACAAGGGCUUCCCUUUGACCAUUCUCAUUUGUCUGAGUCAUAAGUAAGCUGUUGCCUUUAAUUAUCCGGGUGUCUGUUCCGCCUGGCUCCAUGUGGUAUAUUUUGAAGGUCUUCAGAGAAUAUUGCUGAUUAACUUAGUGUCUACUCUGGUGCCUUAGGGUUCCCUUUUACUCUCUAUGGGAGAUCUUUGAUCCUUUAGACCCUUUAGAAAGUUUCCUUUUGUAUUGGAGCUAAAGGUAUACAGGUUGGGGAGAGGUGAUAUUUUCUUAAUUCUUUCCUCAUUGCUAAGGAACUGCAUUAAAAGAAUUUGGAUGGGAUUAGCACUUUUUUUUUUUUUUAAAGCUAAGAUUGUAUGUUCCAACACUCUUAGAAUCUCUCUCUUCUUGGUAGUAUAUUUUGAAAAGGAGCUGCUCUCAGAAUUCCAGGGUAGGAAGUGACUGAUUCUUUGGGUAUAAUUAGACAGUCCCCUUUGUCUACCUUGAGCACUCAUCCAUCCAGUUCAGCAACCAUUGACCAGUUCUCUAUCAGGCACUAUUUUAACCAAUUACCCUCUGCUGCUCUAUGAGAUUCUUUAGGUUGACUGGCCAGAAUUCCAAGAAAUUGGCCUGAAUUGUACACCACAAUAUUAAUAUUGUACUUCCUCAAGUAUGUGAUACUUAUAAAUAGCAGGUGUAUCAUUAAUGUGUUGUUGGUUAAUGUAGAAUAAGUAGUUAAAAUCACAGAAGACUGAGGUUUUAGAAUAUGUACCAAUUAAGAAUUGUCCCCAAAAUGCUUCGGGUCCUCUUAGCAUCCUUGGAAUAUUACAUAGUCAACUAAAGUAACUAUUUGACAAAUGGCACCAUUUAACUGUAGAUAUGAGGUUCUUCUGUGUUUGUUACUUUAUUGUCACAGCCCCUAUUAUAAGUUUAAUUCCCACUUUCUAUGAACUUAGGCUUCUAAUUGUUUUGGGAAAAGGUCACCUUGUUUUUUUUUUUAUCAACUCUGUAGAUUAAUGUAUUAUUUUGCUUUAAUAUGCAAAUAUAAUAUCCACGAGUCUAGCCUAUUAAUUUAGAAACUCCCCAGGGAGAGGUGGGUGGUUGGAGCACAUUUUUUGUUAUCUUCAUUAGUAUGAGAUCCUUAUCCUUUGCAGGGAUAUUUAAUUCUUGAAAACAUUCAGAAGUCAUUCAGAACUGAGGUGGGGGGGGGAAUAAAGAGGAGCAGAGAAGAAAUAAAUUAGCUCUUGUGGAGUGUUGAUUCAGAAUUUUGUCAAGUACUUAAUAUACAUCAUUUAUUUUAAUACUGUUAAUAACCUGCAAGAUAACUAUUUUUAUUGUUUUUUUUUUUUAAGAGAUCAUGAAAACUGAGGCUCACAGAGGUAAAGAGAUUUGUUUAGGAUUAUGCAGAGUGGCCAAAUCAGGGUUCAGGUUUCUAUCUCCAUCACUCGUUUCUUACUCUAUAUAAAUCCCUAUAAUGGUUUAGGUUAACAAAGACAAGUGUGAUUAUAAUUUAGUAAGGUAUAGCAUUUCAUUUGUUGAUGUGUUACUGUUCCUGAAGAGUAGAGAAGUUAUUAUUCCUUUGUGUACAAUAGAAAAAAAUCCGUAGGAAGCAUCAAAAUUUAAUGUUUAGAUUUUCAAGGUAAAUUUACAUUUAUUUAGCUAAGUGUUAUAUUCAAAAUUAUCAUAACAUACCUCAAGUAUUUAUUUAUAGUUUAUAUUUAAUAUAGAACAAAUCAAUUUUGAUGUUAGCAUUGAGUCUCAGAAUUUCUGAAAUGAAUCAUGAGGAAAUGUGGUUCAGAUUUAUUGAAUCUGAGCUUUGGGGAUUUUAAGUGUGUUCUUUCUUUUUCUUUUCUGCCUCUUUCAGAAUGUUAACAUUUCCAUUAAUUUUUAGUGACUAUGGGUUUAAAGUUUCCUAAUAAAAGUUUGAAAUGAACAUAUACAAA